GUUAUAGUAUUGCUUAAAUCCCAAACCCUAAACUUAACCACGAUUCCAAACAAAUGCCAAAAUCCCAAGCCAAUACCAAAAUCUCAAGCUAAAUUUCGAAGUCCAAACCUAAUGUUGGAAUCUUCACAAUUGCAAACUAAUCAGAUUACAUGUAACUCAUUUGGCAUAUAUUUUGACACACGACAUAAUUCACAUGGAACACAUGAAAUUACAGCAUCUUCGUCCGUUAGUAGGAAUACACAUGCAAAUAAAAGAAAGGAAAUUUCACAUGAAAUCACUACAUCUUCGUCUGUUAGUAGAAAUACACGUGCGAAUAAGAGAAGGGAAGUGUCACAUGAAACAUAUGAAGUUGUACCAUCUUCAUCUGUUAGUAGGAAUACAUUUACGAAUGAAAGAAGGGAAGAGCCACAUGAAAAACAUGAAAUCAUAGCAUCUUCGUCUGUUAGUAGAUAUACACGUGCGAAUAAGAGAAGGGAAGUGUCACAUGAAACAUAUGAAGUUGUAGCAUCUUCAUCUGUUAGUAGGAAUACAUUUACGAAUGAAAGAAGGGAAGAGCCACAUGAAAAACAUGAAAUCAUAGCAUCUUCGUCUGUUAGUAGAAAUACACGCGCGAAUAAGAGAAGGGAAGUGUUACAUGAAACAUAUGAAGUUGUAGCAUCUUCAUCUGUUAGUAGGAAUACAUUUGCGAAUGAAAGAAAGGAAGAGCCACAUGAAAAACAUGAAAUCAUAGCAUCUUCGUCUAUCAAUAAGAAUACACGUACGAAGAAGAAAUGGCAAUUGCCACUUGAAGAACAAACUUCUUCGCUUAUUAGUAGAGUGUCGUGA